AUGAUCCGCCGAUGGGUGCAGCGGCGCGCGGCGGAGCGGCCGGACCGAUCGGUGCGCGUGGGACAACUGAAGGACCACCGGAUCAUGGCAGAAGUGUUGGGACGGCUUUGCUACUUCAUCUUCUCCCACUUGGCGGUGCCCUUGCUGAGGGCGCACUUCUACGCCACGGAAGCAGAGCCCGGUGGGAUGCAAACCAUCUACUUCAGGAAGAACGUCUGGCACUUCAUGCGCUCGCGGGCGGAUUGCGGCUUUUUGCAUCUGUGCUUGAGCCCCAACGAGACGACAUCGGCCUCCACGGCCUCGCUUGGGCGAAAGGGCUCUUUUGCGAACCGGCCCGUCCCACCGGGCCUCCGACGCCUGCGCGCCGCUGCGUCGUCGCGCGCGACUCCGCGCGUGCGCUGGGUGCCCAAGCGGCGGGGCUUUCGGCCGCUGCUGUCGGGCCUGGCGAAGAGCGAGGCGCGGAGGUGUCCCAAGCAGAAGUCGGUGUUGUCUGUCUUGGCCAGCUUGAGGAGCUCGGCAGUCGACGUCUUAGGGCACUCGAUCUUGGGGCAGCACGAGGUCUACCGAAAGUUGUUGGAUGCAUUGGUGGCCUUGAAGACCAUCUGGAAGGACGGGGCCGCGCCAGAGCUCUUUGUGGCCGUGGCUGACUUGCGCCACUGCUACGACCAGAUCAUGCAUGAGCCCUUGCUACGGCGCAUUCAGGAAGUACCUUUGCAGCCGAAGUAUUGGAUCGUCCCCGUCUCCUUGCAACGGCCUGGCGCGCUGCUUCCGCGCGCCUGGGACCUCGCCCUGCCGGAGGGGACGUCGCUGCAGGAGGUGGCCGCAUCACCUCAAUGCCCUCUGGCCUUGCAACGAGACGAGCUGCUGGUGGCACCACGCUGUGCUGCGCAGCGUGCGAGUGGCAUGCUGGAAGUGUCAAAGACGGAGGUGCUGCGGCUCCUCACGUCCGUCGUGCGCAGCUCGGAGGUCCAGCUGGACACGCAGCGAGAUCCGUCGGCGUCGUGCGCGCCGAAGUACCGCUUCACACGUGGAAUCCCACAGGGCAGUCACUUUUCGCCCUUCUUGUGUGCGCUUCACAUGAGUUCGGGCGACGCGCAGCUACCAGCAGAGGUGCUGGAGAGCUUGCGAUCUCACCGAAGUGCGUUGGUGCGUUUGGUGGACGACUUCCUCUUCAUCUCCACCGAUGCAGCCAGAUGCUGUGACUUCCUCUCCUGCCUGGCGCAGCCCGGCAAUCCCUACGGCGGCGACCUGAACCGCCGCAAGGUCGCGGCCAACUUCCGGCUCCUCGACCACCCCAACACCGACGGACGCCCGCGCUUCCGCGCAGCAGGUCCGAAGCGACGUCGAGUGGACGCCGCCCUCGCGACCCCGCGAUCGGUGGAAGCCACUGGAGCGAGAAACUCCAGCGUUUUGAGAGGGGUCCCUGCCCAAAAAAUGUAUCAGAAAGUCAAGGAGCCUCAGUAG